AUGGGGAAGUAUGUAUGGGCUGUUGAGAAGAAAAGUGAUAAUUUGUGGGUUAAGUGGGCUACACUAUACACAUUAAACAACAGAUAUGGUGGGUAUAAGCCAAAAGCACUAGUAGCGGCUCAGUUUCAAAUGAUGCCACAAUACUCAAUUACUGAGGUUUAUGCAAAGCUCACUGGUGAAUUUGAAAAGAAACCAUGGAGCACUGUUAUAUGGGGGAGAAUGGGAAUACCAAGACAUCAGUUCUGUAGUUGGCUUGCAACUCAAGGAAGGCUAAUGACAAGAGAGAAAUUACAAAGCUGGGGGGUGUGUGACAGUAAUAAGUGUCUGAUAUGUGAUGAGCAUACAGAAGAUCAUAGACAUUUAUUCUUUGACUGUGAGUAUAGUAGAAGAUGUCUCAGUGAAAUUAAACAAUGGUGUGGAAUCACAAUAAGAAGUCAGGACUGGCAGCAAGUCAUACACUGGCUGGUUAGUAGGAGACGAGAUUCAAAAUACAGGAGAAUGGUCCAAGCAGCUGCUCUUGAGGCUGUGAUAUACUGUAUAUGGCAGGCUAGAAAUCUAGCUUUAUGGGAAGGAAAAAUCCCUUGUAUAGCUCAUACUGUAAAGAAAAUUAAGUGUGAUGUCAAGCAUAGAUGUAUCACAGUCAUGCCUAAGAAGAUUAGUCAGAAUGAUAGGAGAUGGAUUGAAGCUUUGUAA